GAACAACGGGGAUGGGAUUUAAGUAUGAAGCCCUGUCAAACAUUUUCAUAGUCUUCCUUGUGUGUGCAGUUGGAAAUGCAGAAUUAUUCGACAAUGUGAGUGAUGUAGCAGGUGGAUGCAACUUGUUUCGUGGUCAAUGGUUAUAUGAUUCUUCUUCACAUCCACUCUACGACUCCUCAAGCUGCCCGUUUAUAAAUUCUGAAUUCGACUGCCUAAAGUAUGGCCGUCCUGAUAAAUUAUACCUCAAUUACACUUGGAAGCCCGACUCUUGUACCUUACCUAGGUUUGAUGGUGCGGACUUUUUAAGGAGAUGGAAGGGAAAGAAGAUAAUGUUUGUGGGUGAUUCGUUGAGUUUAAAUCAGUGGAAUUCAUUAGUUUGCAUGCUACAUGCUGCAGCUCCAAAGGCUAACACCUCCUUCGUCAGGGGAAACCCCAUUUCUUACAUUACUUUCCAGGAUUAUGGAGUGACUGUAUUUCUUUAUACCACGCAUUACUUGGUCGAUGUAGUCCAAGAAGCAAGAGGCCGAAUCCUAAAACUGGACUCCAUCCGACAAGGAAAUGCGUGGAAAGGAAUGGACAUGCUGAUAUUCAACACGUGGCACUGGUGGACACACACCGGAAAAGCUCAAGAUUGGGACUUGGUGCAAUAUGGUUCCACCAUAGCCAAAGAUAUGAACCGUCUGGAGGCAUUUUCCAAGGGCUUGACCACUUGGGGUAGAUGGGUCGACCAAAAUGUUGAUCCUUCUAAGACUAAAGUCUUCUUCCAGGGGAUUUCUCCCACUCACUAUAAGGGUCAAGAAUGGGGUUCAAGAUCGACAUGUCUAGGAGAGCAAGAGCCGAUUAAAGGAUCCACAUACCCAACGAGGAGACCAGCUGCAGCCGUCAUUGUGAGCAAAGUUUUGAGUACAUUGAGGAAACCAGUUUGUCUACUUGAUGUCACAACCCUAUCACAGCUACGGAAAGACGCUCACCCUUCCAAGUAUGGUAGAGAUCAUAGCGGUCUGGACUGCAGCCAUUGGUGCCUCCCCGGACUGCCUGAUACAUGGAACCAGCUUUUGUAUGCAGCACUUAUUUGAAGAGGAGGAAUUUUUAGUUGGAGGAAAUAACAGAACG